UGAGUUUUUCCUUGAGAUGAUGCCACGUAUUGCUCCUCGCUACUUUUCGAUUUCCUCCGAUCUCCUCUCCCAUCCCGGCAGACUUUCCAUCACGGCGGCGAUUUUAGAGGGAGGGCUUUGUACAGGAAUGCUGCGGGAACUGCAAAUUGGAGAGAAAAUUCCCGUGUUUGUGCGCAAAUCAAAAUUCCACCUCCCGUUACGAGAGAAGGAACGGCCAAUUGUGAUGAUUGGGCCCGGAACAGGCGUGGCGCCCCUUAUAGGUUUUCUCCAUCGCCGCAACGCAUGGAAGAAGAGGGGCAAUAAACUUGGCAAAGCAAUUCUCUUCUUUGGAUGUAGGCGGAAAGAGGAGGAUCACAUUUACAGCGAUUUUAUGACGGAGUGUUUGGAAAACGGAACGCUGUCAGCGUUGGAUGUCUGCUACAGUCGGGAGCAGGCGACAAAGGUCUACGUGCAGCACCGUGUGUUGGCUCGUGCAGAUGAAGUUUGGGACAUUUUACGCGAAGGAGGGAAUAUUUACCUCUGCGGUGAUGCAAAGUACAUGGCAAAAGACGUAGAAAGAGCGCUGUUGGAAAUCUUGCAGGAGAAGGCGCUCAUGAUUGAAGAAGAUGCUCAGGCAUACCUCGCGAAGCUUAAUAAUAGUGGGCGAUAUUUAAAAGAUGUUUGGUCUGCAUCCUAG